GUCACAGCUCGUGUGUUAGAUUGUUAUUUUUAACUAUUCAUAAUCAUGGCGGAGAUAACCAAUUUCAAUGAACUUAUUCAAGAUUACAUUGGACCUCAUAAAACUAUAGAAGAAAAACACUAUUCAAAUUUAUUGGCACCCGGUGAGAAUUAUUUUAGUGAUAUCAAAAAAAUUCACGUAAUUUUAAAAAAUAAAGAAACAGGAGCAAAGGAAACAUUGGAUUUGGUAGCAAAAUGUUGCAUAAUUAAUGAAUUUGGUCCGACUUUCCAGCUAAUGUGUAACGAAAUUAAUUUUUACAAGAACGUGAUACCUGCUUUAAAAAAAUUUCAAGAAAAGCAUGGUGGACCAUCAAUUACUUUUUUUCCAGAAUUAGUGGGCGCUAGAUUGAAUCUGACGGGAAGUGAAAAACCAGAUAACGAUGCUGUAAUAGUACAGAAAAAUUUAAAAGUAGAAGGUUAUGAAAUGCAAGACCGGCAUGUUGGUUUUAACUUGGCUACAACGAAAGUGAUCCUAAAAGAUAUUGCAAUUUACCAUGCAACUGCUUUAUCAUUGAAACUGUCCGAACCAGAAACAUUUAACAAUGAGAUAAAAGAGCAAUGCCCUGGUUUUGAACCACCACCGCCACCACCAUCACCUAAAGGAGAUGAUAAAACGCCUCUGAAAGAUUCACCACCCAAUUUUUUACCUAUUAUAGCAGAAUAUGUUAAGACUAAUAAAGAAUUGUCUCAUAUACAGGCAGCAUUUGAAAAAUUUUCUAAACGCAUGGAAGAAGAUCAGAACCACUUUAAAGCCCCACCACCAAAAGAACCUUUUUGUACUUUGUUGCAUACUGAUUUAUGGGUCAAUAACACAAUGCCAAAAAUUAUAGAAGGAGUAGCAGUUGGCAACAUUUUUGUCGACUUUCAAAUGUGUAAAAUUGGCAGCCCAGUGGAAGACCUAAUUUUCUUUCUAGUUAGCAGUGUACAGUCUCUUGUGCUUAAAAGCGAGUUUGAUAAUCUAAUUAAAUAUUACCACGAAGAAUUUCGUGAUGUAUUAAAGAAAUACAAUUGUUACAGCCCUCAAUUUUCAUACGACAAAUUUUUAGAAGAGUUAAAAGAAAACGCAGAGCGACCAAUUAGACAAUGUACGUUCAUGCUUCCAAUUGCAGUUUUUAAUAAAAAAGGAAGCAGGUUUGAUAUAAAACAUCAACUUAAAUCGGAAGAUUUACCAGAAUUGGCGAAAGACCGGCUUAGUAUUUUGCUUUUGGAAGCAUAUAAAAGAAAAUGGAUAGUUUAAUAUUUAGUUUAAGCAUUAUCUGAACUUAUAAAAAGUAAAUAAUUUGUUUUGUUUUUGUACAUUUUUUAUUAUUCAAUACCUACAUAACAUUUUUUUUAUACACAUCUACGCACAUACUACAAAACGGAAAAGUAUACUAUUGCCAUUAACUAAACGAAUAUAUUUUAUAUUCAUUCGAUGUACUGCGAUGCAAAAAAAUUAGAUCCACCAAUCACAGUUCAUAUUUUGGUCACCCGACGACUAUUUUUAAAAUUUUAAAUAAGUGACAAUUCUGUCAAACUAAUUGUCAGUAUAUUUUUUAGGUAUUGAACUUAAAUAUACAUUAAAAUGACUUAUUUUUGUGUAGAAUCGAUAAAUAAUAGCAUUUCUAUUUUUAUUUAUACUGUUAUUAUAAAUAAUUUGUUAAUUUUAAUAAAACUCUAUGAAGUCAAUUCAAUUAUGAUUAUUAAAAAAAUAUCCCAAAUAUGCCGGUAGAUGGGUGGGGAGAGUAUAUCUGAC